CUUCCUCUUUCAGCUCACAGGAUGCAUGUGUAGCCUGGUUGAGUAGUUUGUUAUACUUAAUUUCUGUUUACAGUAUUUUCUUUGGUUUCUACUUUUUAAUUUAUAUUUAAAUUUUGCAGUAGCUGUCAUCCAGUGAAAUGUUAAUGAAGAUUCCCUGAUUUUAGGAUCCACAGAAAUCUCAACAUGGGAAACUCUCAAAAGGAUAAAGUCUUUAUUUUAAUUUGUUUGGCUCUGAUGUUGGUGUGCAGCACUGCAGAGCAAGAGUACUUCUUUCAUUCAGAAAACCUCAGCUGGGCCGAUGCCAGGAACCACUGCCAGGCCUGUUACAAAGACCUGGUGACACUGACUCCUCAAAACAUCCAAAGCGUCCACCGGAAACUCACCUCUGACUGCUGGGUCGGCCUCCGCAAAAACUUCUCCUCCACCACUAACUCCACCACCAUGACUUGGCCUGGCUGGACCCGCUGGGCCAACGGGGAUCCCCUCGUCUUCCAGAACUGGUAUCCUGGCUGGCCUGUGUUGAAAUCCUCCUUACCGAAAAGCUACUGCUGCAGCUGCUCCUGCACCUGCCCAGCGACGCCAACCCCUACCAUGACCGGUUUCACAGAAUUCACAAGCUCAAAUAUGACGAGCUUCACCAGCGUCACAGACCAAAGUUGGACAAAUUCCAGUGGACUUAAUGAAACCAACUCUGCGCCCAUGACCACGGCGUUGCCAAGAGCAGCAGCAUGUGAUCGAUCACCUAUGCUGCCGGACAUCCCUAAUAUUGAUGAAAAUUAUAUUGAAGACUCUUGUGUGGCCAUGCUCAGCUUUGGGGCUUGGGUUGAAAAGAACUGCUCGGAGCUUCUGCCUUCUAUAUGUUAUGAAGAUAUUUUCCAUGGCCAAGUCAACGUGACCUAUGUGACUAAAGAGAGCGCUAAUCUCACAUGGCUACCUGGACCUGGCAACAUUAGCAGUUACCGUUUAGAGGUUAAAGGCGGCAUACUGCCGACCUAUAAUCUGACAAAUUUGACCUAUGACCUUGUCAACCUGACAGCAGGCACCUACUACUCAGUCCGGGUAUUCCCCGUUAAAUGCGAGAGAGACCUCAACCCACAGGUGGUGUCCUUCUACACCGUACCUAACAAAGUCGAAAUCCUCAACGUCACAAUGGUGACAGAAACCUCUGUCUCCCUGAGCUGGGACAAACCAGCUGGGGGAACGGUUUCCUAUAUUAUUAAUGUCCAGGGAGAGAAGAAUCAGAACAUUCAGACCAAUCUAACAAGUUACACAGUCAACAGUUUGAUACCUGGAAACCUUUACACAUUCACUGUCACCUCAGAGGUUGAGGACAAGUCCCAACGGAGUGAAGGAUUCAACAUCACGAAAUACACCAAGCCCUCCAAAGUGUCCAACCUGCGGGUGUCUGAUAUUACCAACACCUCGCUGCUGCUUACAUGGGCACCACCUAUAGGAAACGCCACAAGUUACAAAGUGAAGGCUGUGAAUGACAGUAAUUAUAUGUUUGAUAAUUGCACGGUGAAGCAAACAAAUGUGAAUGUAACAAACCUGCCAGCGGGCACCAAGAUAACCCUCAGUGUGGCAGCAAUGGUCAAUGACACGGAGGAAGGAGACUAUGUGACCACCGUCAACUACACUGCUCCUAAUCCAAUUUCAAACCUGAAUUUGGUCCCAACAAAUGUCUCCCUCAAUGCCAACUGGGACCCUCCUGUGGGUAAUUAUUCAUCGUUCAAGAUUGUGCUCCAGCUGGAUGGCCAAACUCUUAAUACAAAAAACAGCGAAACACCUCGGAUGUACUUUGACAACCUGACGGCUGCAGUCAAAUACACAGUCACUGUCUACAGCGUUGGUGGAAAUCUCAGCAGCACCCCAGUGACUCUCUCCAAGUUCACCUUACCUAACAAAGUUGAAAUCCUCAACGUCACAAUGGUGACAGAAACCUCUGUCUCCCUGAGCUGGGACAAACCAGCUGGGGGAACGGUUUCCUAUAUUAUUAAUGUCCAGGGAGAGAAGAAUCAGAACAUUCAGACCAAUCUAACAAGUUACACAGUCAACAGUUUGAUACCUGGAAACCUUUACACAUUCACUGUCACCUCAGAGGUUGAGGACAAGUCCCAACGGAGCGAAGGAUUCAACAUCAUGAAAUACACCAAGCCCUCCAAAGUGUCCAACCUGCAGGUGUCUGAUAUUACCAACAACUCGCUACAGCUUACAUGGGCACCACCUAUAGGAAACGCCACAAGUUACAAAGUGAAGGCUGUGAAUGACAGUAAUUAUAUGUUUGAUAAUUGCACGGUGAAGCAAACAAAUGUGAAUGUAACAAACCUGCCAGCGGGCACCAAGAUAACCCUCAGUGUGGCAGCAAUGGUCAAUGACACGGAGGAAGGAGACUAUGUGACCACCGUCAACCACACUGCUCCUAAUCCAAUUUCAAACCUGAAUUUGGUCCCAACAAAUGUCUCCCUCAAUGCCAACUGGGACCCUCCUGUGGGUAAUUAUUCAUCGUUCAAGAUUGUGCUCCAGCUGGAUGGCCAAACUCUUAAUACAACAACCAGCGAAACACCUCGGAUGUACUUUCACAACCUGACGGCUGCAGCCAAAUACACAGUCACUGUCUACAGCGUUGGUGGAAAUCUCAGCAGCACCCCAGUGACUCUCUCCAAGUUCACCUUGCCAUCGCCACCUACUGAUAUCACAGCCACUUCCAGCAAUAAAAGCAUCACAUUCAGUUGGAAAGCUCCUGUCAACUCACAUACAGUCAACUACAGUGUCACAAUCGACUCCAGCUUCUGGGUCUCCACCGAGUCUCAUCUUUUGAAUGACCAAACCAGCUACACAUUUAGUAACUUGAAGUCAGGGACCAAGUACAACUUUACAGUGAAAUCAGUGGCCCAUGACUUGUCAAGUGAUCCAACAAGUGCGUCAUAUUCUACAGUUCCAGUGAGUAAGACAGUCAGUCUGUCUAUGUUGUGCUCCUCAGCAGAACGUCUCUACUGUGAUAAAAGCACCACAAGGGAAAUGGUUUUUCAACAGCUGAAAAAACAUUUCACCACCAACUGGGGGGACAGGAUUGUCUGGCAUCUCGAGCAGCAGAAAAGUGAAAACUAAGACAUUUAAUGUUUUCUUUUUCAAUUAGUUACUUAGUGUAUUGGUAGAGGUACUUUACACUAAUGAUUUCUAGCUUGUGUUCUUUUUUUGGAAAUGUGUUCAUGUUAAAAGCUUUUGUUAUAUGCUGCAACCUACUUCUGUCCAGGAAAUCAAAUAUUAAGCUGCUGUGUGUGAUAUUAAGUCAGAAGAAUUGAGAGGAAUUUUAUCUUGUGAUUUUUAAAACGGUACAAUUCUUAAAAUGUAUUGUAUUCAGAAUUUAAAUUAACCCAAAUGUUUUUUGGUGUUGUACAGCUCACUCAAAGAUGGAAGUCGCGAUAAAAAUAGUUAGUGUGGUAAAAAGAAUCCUAUGUAAAUCAAAAUUAUAAGAAAGAAUAAUAAUAAACACAUGUUCACAAACUUACAAGAUAGAAGUCAAAUUAGCUUAACGUAAUAAUUUUAGUUUGAAUCAUGUUUUACUUUUAAUCCUUUUUUUCUGGUGGAAGUGGGUCAUCCAAAUGUCUGUUAAUAAAUAAAAAGAUCUUGUUUCUGUGUUCAGUAAAGUUUUCCAGCUGACUACA